GGGUGGACAGGGCUCCUGAGGGUGGACAGGGCUCCCGAGGGUGGACAGGGCUCCCAAGGGUGGACCGGGCCCUAGAGGGUGGACAUGGCCCUUGAGGGUGGACAGGGCUCCUGAGGGUGGGCAGGGCUCCCGAGGGUGGACAGGGCCCUUGAGGGUGGACAGGGCCCUUGAGCGUGGACAGGGCCCUUGAGGGUGGACAGGGCCCUUGAGGGUGAACAGGGCUCCGAAGGUAGAGGAAAAAGUGGGCCGGGGAGUUCAGGGCUGCUGCCUGCCCUCUGCUGCACUGGCCGCGGUCACUCGCUUGCCCACCCCACCAACAGCUCCAAUCAGGAGGCCGGGGGAAGCAGGACAGCCGGCACACACCCUGCGGCCAGGGAGUGGACCUUGCCCCAUUGUCGUCACCGGGGAGAAGCCUUCCCCGGUCCCCGGCCCUGGACACGCCAUGGCCGGGACCCUGCUCCGCGUCCUUCUUGGUGCCACCCUGGCUGGCCUGCUGCUGCCGGGGGGAAGCGUGUUCAUCAGCCGAGACCGGGCCCACGGGGUGCUGCAGCGAGCGCGCCGCGCCAACUCCUUCCUGGAGGAGAUGAAGAAGGGCAACCUGGAGCGGGAGUGCCUGGAAGAGACCUGCUCCUACGAGGAGGCGCGGGAGGUGUUCGAGGACACAGACAAGACGAACGAGUUCUGGAACAAGUACACAGAUGGCGACCAGUGUGAGAGCGGGCCGUGCCAGAACCAGGGCCGCUGUAAAGACGGCCUGGGCACCUAUACCUGCACCUGCCCGCAUGGGUUCGAUGGCAAGAACUGUGAGCUGCCCACGCGCACGUUCUGCAGCCUGGACAAUGGGUACUGCGACCAGUUCUGCCGGGAGGAGCGCCACGAUGUGGUCUGCUCCUGUGCUCGCGGCUACGUCCUGGCCGACAACGGCAAGUCCUGCGUGGCCACAGGCGCUUUCCCUUGUGGGAAGCACACCCCCGCCCGCACGACGAGGGCAGCCGGCCCCGAGCCCUCCCUGCGGCCGGAGCUGCUGGACGCCGAGGAGCUGCCGCCCACGCAGGACCCGGUCCAGCUGCUCGGCCUCAAUAGCACGGACGGCUCCGGUCAGGACAGCAGCAGUGUGGUCCGCAUCGUGGGCGGCCAGCUAGUGUCCGACGGCGAGUGUCCCUGGCAGGCCCUGCUGGUCAAUGAGGACAAUGAGGCCUUCUGUGGGGGCACCAUCCUGAGUGAGUUCUACGUGCUCACGGCCGCCCACUGUGUGCACCAGGCCAAGAGGUUCAAGGUGAGGGUAGGAGAGCGGGACCUGGAGGAGGAGGAGGGCAACGAGGGGGCGCACGAGGUGGACAGGAUCGUGAAGCACAACAAGUUCGUCAAGGAGACGUACGACAACGACAUCGCGGUCAUCAGGCUGAGGACGCCCAUCGUGUACCGCCGCAACGUGGCGCCCGCCUGCCUGCCCGAGAAGGACUGGGCCGAGGCCACGCUCAUGACCCAGAAGACGGGCCUGGUGAGCGGCUUCGGCCGCACGCACGAGAAGGGCCGUCCGUCCACCAAGCUCAAGAUGCUGGUGGUCCCCUACGUGGACCGCAACACCUGCAAGCUGUCCAGCAGCUUCUCCAUCACGCCAAACAUGUUCUGCGCUGGCUACGACAACAGCCCCGACGACGCCUGCCAGGGGGAUAGCGGCGGCCCCCACGUCACGCAGUUCCGGGACACCUACUUCGUCACGGGCAUUGUCAGCUGGGGGGAGGGCUGUGCACGCAAGGGCAAGUACGGUGUGUACACCAAGGUCACCCACUUCCUCAAGUGGAUCGAGAAGUCCAUCCGCCUGCUGGAGAGCUCGGGGCCGGGGCAGGACCCCACACACGGCCCAGCCCCCACCCAAUAAAUUCUCCCACCCACACCCUCUUCCUGACUUUCUGCCCAGCGGGGCCAGUACCGGUCCUCCUGGCUUCUCUGCUGAGCCUCCGAGUUCCAGCUGCCCUGCCCAGAGGGUCUUCACUCCCGAGGAGCCCAGAGUCCAGAGUGCCCGGGAGUCUUGGCAGACACUGAGC